AUGGCAGUUCCAUUAUCUGUUGAAGAGUUAGUUCAGAAGAAGAAGGCUGAAGCUGAACAAUCCUCGAAACCAAAAUUCUUAUCUCGAGCUCAGCGAGAGAAGUUGGCAUUGGAGAGAAGGGUCAAGGAAGUUGGCAAGAGCCAGGUUACAACCAAUCGAUCAGCUGUACCAGUAAGGCACAAUGAGAAGCCCGAGGUUACUGAGUCUGAGGCCAAUUCACAAGCAACUGAGGGUACUCAAACUAAUAAAUCCGUUCGUCUAAGGGAACGAACAAAAUUCAGAUUUGGAUGGGAAGCGAACGACGACACUCUGAACGAAUCAGAUGAACUUUAUCAACUUGCAGCAGGAAAUGCUAAUAUUGCCAAUUUGCCACCUGGAGCUGGCUUUGAAGAACGAAAACGACGACAGCAGGAGAUAGAUCGGUUUAAAAAUAAGCGAUCGAGAACCGAUAUUGACGAUAUACACUGGACUAGGAAAAGUCUGGACGAGAUGAAAGAUCGAGACUGGAGGAUUUUUAAAGAAGAUUACAAAAUUGUCACUAAAUCUAUAGGUCCAAAUAAGGUUAAUUUCAUCCGUUUCUGGCAUGAAUCUGGCUUGCCUCCUACAAUAUUGGAUACAAUCAAAGAGCUUAAAUAUAAAGAGCCGACAGCUAUUCAAAGGGCGGCAAUUCCCAUCGCAUUGCAGCAUAAAGAUGUUAUUGGUAUUGCUGAAACUGGUUCAGGAAAGACAGCUAGUUUUGUCAUUCCUAUGCUUGUAUACGUUAUGGGUCUCCCUCCUAUAACGGAGGAGUCCAAGGCAAAUGGCCCUUAUUCGAUCAUACUUGCCCCCACAAGAGAACUGGCCCAACAAAUAGAGGCAGAAACUAUAAAAUUUGCGAGACCCUUGGGGAUGCGGUGUGUAUCGUUGGUCGGAGGACGUAGUAUUGAGGAACAGGCUUUCAAUUUACAAGAUGGUGCAGAAAUAAUCAUUGCGACACCAGGUAGAUUAGUCGAUUGUAUCGAACGACGAAUUGUUGCACUUAACCAAUGUUGUUACGUUAUUAUGGAUGAAGCAGACCGUAUGGUGGAUCUUGGAUUCGAAGAACAAUUAAAUAAGAUUUUAGACGCACUGCCGGUCAGUAAUGAGAAGCCAUCGGAGGCAGAUGAUGAUAUCCCGAAUAACAAAAGAGGAACUACAUUGGGUAAAAAAUAUCGCCAAACUAUGAUGUACACUGCUACUUGGCCCAAAGCAAUUGAGCGCAUGGCGGAAAGAUAUCUCCGUAAUCCCGGCAUUGUGACAAUUGGCAGCCUUGGUCAAGCUACAGAUCGUGUGGAACAACGGGUAGAGUAUGUCAAUGGUGAAGAAAAACGUAAGAAGCGUAUGCUAGAUAUUCUUAACAAAGAGGGGUUCACCGCGCCAAUCAUUAUAUUUGUCAACCUUCGCCGUAAUUGCGACGUUGUUGCGAAAGCAUUACAAUCUGAGGGAUGGAAAGCAGCAACAAUGCAUGGAAGUAAAUCACAAGAACAAAGAGAACAAGCCCUAUCGCAAUUGCGUCUUGGAACUAUUGAUUGCCUUGUUGCUACAGAUGUCGCUGGGCGUGGUAUAGAUGUACCCGAUAUUUCGCUGGUUAUUAAUUUUCAGAUGUCAAAAUCAAUAGAAGCAUAUACCCAUAGGAUUGGACGUACUGGUAGAGCUGGGAAGUCAGGUGUAGCUAUUACAUUUGUUGGCGAUGAAGAUGAAGCAGUUCUUUAUGAUUUGAAGGUUCUCUUGCAAAAAUCAGGCGUGCAUAAAAUGCCACAAGAAUUACGACAGGCCGUUAGAAGAGCUCCUGGUACCUUCCAAGUUGAGAAUAAAGAUGAUGGUAAUGAUGUGUAA